AUGAUUGCCCGCCAACCCUCUCUGAAAGCCAUACAAUUAAUAGCCGAGCAACGGUCAACCGCCGCGGUAAACACUCAACCUCUUAACAAUGCACACCAACUGUUCGACAAAAGUCCCCGCCGAGCCAGGGCCGACGUCAACCGCUCCAUGGUCGAAUCCCUUCAGAGAAAGUCCCCAUCUCAAGCGCUUCAGGUCUUCAGGAGCCACUUUCAGCUGGGACACACGGGCACCAUCGAUGGCAUCACUGUCGCUCUCUCGCUUAAAGCUUGCAAUGGAGACCCAUUCCGGGGCUCUCAAAUCCACGGCAUCUCCGUCACUUCCGGGUUGUGGCCGUGCAUCACCGUGGCGAAUUCGUUGAUGAAUUUGUACUGUAAAGCUGGGGACUUUUCCAAGUCCCUGUGUAUUUUUGAGAGGCUGGCUGACCCUGAUACUGUCUCGUGGAACACGGUGCUUUCGGGUUUCAGGAGGAGUGAAGAUGCUUUGGGUUUUGCUUGUAGAAUGAACUCUAAUGGGGUUGUCUUUGACCCUGUAACUUAUACCACCGCGCUUUCCUUCUGCUCGAGGAAUGAGGAGUUCCGUUUCGGAUUGCAGUUGCAUUCGUCUAUAGUGAAGUCCGGGUUAGAUUGUGAAACUUUUGUUGGAAAUGCUCUCAUAUCUUUGUAUUGUAGAUGGGAACGGCUAACGGAGGCCAGGAGAGGGAUUCAAGGGUUGGAAGCAAUAUCUAUGUUCAUUGAAACUAUUAGGAGAGGGAUUGACCCUGAUCAUGUCUUACUUACUGGAACAGUUUCAGCUUGUGGUCAUGAGAAGAACUUGGAACUGGGGAAGCAGAUUCAUGGGUUCAGCUUAAAAAGAGGGUAUGGGAAACAUGUCUCCGUUGGCAAUGUCCUUAUCUCGACAUAUUCCAAGUGUGAUCGUGUUGAAGAAGCCAUGUCAGUGUUCCGGCAUAUGAACGAGCGCAAUGUUGUUUCAUGGACUACAAUGAUUACCAUCAAUGAAGAAGCUGCGGUGAAACUCUUUGAUCAGAUGAGAUUAGACGGUGUCCCGCCUAAUCAUGUGACGUUUGUUGGUCUUCUCCAUGCUGUAACGGUUCGUGAUUCGGUUGAACAAGGCAAGAAGAUUCAUGGGAUUUGUCUGAAAUCAGGUUUCUCGUUAGAGCCAAAUGUUUGUAACAGCCUCAUUACAAUGUAUGCCAAGUUCAAAUCCAUGGAUGAGUCGAAGAGAGCGUUCCAGGAGCUUGAUCAGAGGGAAAUCAUAACUUGGAACGCCCUAAUCUCGGGCUAUGCACAGAGCGGACUGAGUCAAGCAGCGAUUCAAACGUUCUUAUCAGCAGUCACAGAAGCGAAGCCAAACCAGUACACUUUCGGCAGUGUCCUGAGCGCAAUAGGCGCAGCUGAAGAUGUCUCUCUAAGACACGGCACGAGGUGCCACUCUCAGAUAGUAAAACUCGGGUUCAACACCGACCCUGUCGUCUCUUCAGCUCUCCUCGACAUGUACGCAAAGCGAGGAAGCAUGUCUGAAUCCGAACGAGUCUUCUCCGAGGCACCUCAGAGGACACAGGUCUCAUGGACGUCAAUGAUCUCGGCCUAUUCAAGACACGGAGACUACGAAUCAGUCAUGAACUGGUUCAACCAAAUGCUGUCUGAACAAGUAGAACCCGACUCGAUCACAUUCCUCUCCGUCCUGACAGCUUGUGGGAGGAAGGGAAUGAUCGAUAAAGGUCGCGAACUGUUCGAUUCCAUGGUCCAAGACUACCGAAUCGAACCAUCACCCGAGCAUUACUCUUGUAUGGUGGACAUGCUGGGGCGAGCAGGGAGACUUGAGGAAGCGGAGGAGAUGGUGAACCAGAUCCCAGGUGGACCAAGUUUAUCAGUGCUCCAAAGCUUGCUCGGUUCUUGCAGGACGUAUGGCAAUGUGGAGUUGGGGGAAAAGGCAGCCGAGGGGUUGUUGGAGAUGGAGAGGAAGGAGUCAGGGACCUACGUCCUGAUGGCUAACUUGUAUGCAGAGAAGGGGCAGUGGGAGAAGGCGUCGAGGUUCAAGAGAGCAAUGAGGGAGGAAGGUGUCCUGAAGAAGAUAGGAUUCAGUUGGGUUGACGUUGAUCAUGCCGCAGAUGGUUCGUUGGCUUUGCACGGGUUCUCGUCGGGGGAUAUGACUCAUCCAAUGGCGGAGGAGAUUCAUGGGGUGGCGGGGUUUGUGGGGAUGGAGAUGAAGUUCCUGAAAGAGAGGGAGGUGGAAUGGUUCAUGCCCGAUAACCACUCCGGCACGACCACUUGUUGUUUAUUUAUUGGCGCAUUCAAUUUAUACAACCUUCAUGCGACGAAAUUUUUUAUUUUGCACCUCUUUUAUGAAAGUUUUACUUUCUUAGAACGUAUCCUAAUUUUUGGCCUAAUUCUUCUGAUGAUCGAUUCACUAGUCACAAGCUGA